AUGGAUGAAAAUGCUGAAAAAGAUGAAAAGUCUGAGGAGGAUAAAAAGGCUGAAGAGGGCUUUCUUUCGGAGACGCGGACUCGUCGCCUGGGAAAUCACCUGCGGGAUGGGUUGUGUUCGGUCAACGCGGUCCUACGCGUGAUGGUGGGGGAUGAGCUGGAGAAGAUCGAGGGCAUGAACGGGCAGAUUACCCAUUCGUGUAAAAUAAACCUCCCUGUGCGCGAUCUCGACGCCGGGUGGGAGGUUUUCCACCUCAUCUGUGCGCAUCGCAAGAGUUUUUCCCACCAGCAGUGGGAAGAAGAUGUGGUGCCGGAGUUGAAAGACUUUGAGGCCAUCAUGAAGUGGACAGAUGAUCCACGCGUAGCAUUUUUUUAG